AUGCCGCUAGCAGGACUAUUCCCGGUGCUGUGCUUUGUUCUCGACAUUCCUGCCGCGCCAACAGAGGUGCAGGUGUGUUUUGGUCUUCUGUCGGUGAUACUGAUGCUGGGCGUCUCCACUCUGAAUUUACUUACGAUACCGGUUAUGCCGCUCAUGGUAUGUCUGGAGCUAACGUUCCUUUUGCUGGCAUGCCUUCGCUGCAAGCUGUUCGGUGCAAUCCCUGCCCCGCAUUUCUUUACAGCAGGAGCACUGAGCUUCGGAAUAUGCACAGGUUUCACUGCCGUCGCUUGUGUUGCAUUUCGUUUCUCCAUGGGGACGAUCGCAUCCAUCGAGACACAGAUCAGGCUGGCCAGUAUGUAUUCUGAAGUCUUUGCAUACGCAUCCAAAGAUCUGGACAUCACUUUUAACCAGACGCAGUGUUUCGCAGAGAUUGCUCCUCCUGGCCUGAGCGAAGAUCAGCAGGGUUCUUUUCACCGAGCUUGCGCCACCGUCAAUAGCCUCUGGUAUGCGCAAUGGACCACACCAUACGCCGUGCCUGCAUUGAAUGCCCUUUCCGCCCUUUGCUGCAUGGUGUUCGCGCGGACAGAUCCUUCUACUAGAACGUUGGUGUCGGAGAGCCAGACCCCCACGUUGACAGAGGCUGAGAUAAAGGCGGCAAAGAUGAUGGCUUCCUUGCUGAAGCGCUUUACUUUUAUGACGGCCCUUGCAAUGGCUGCUUUAUAUACAGCGAGCACCAUGGUGGUGUCCUCGAGAAUCAGCCUGAUAAGAUCCUUGAUUAUCUUGGCUUUCUGUGUGAUCCUGACCGCCUUGGGAUUCGUCUACUUAGAGACUGAUCGCGUGCUUCUUUCGAAGUUGCUGAACCAGAGCCGGUUUUAUCGGAGCGUCAUCCAGCUGGCAAAGAACGACUGGAUUCGGGCAUUGUUUAUAUGCUGCACCUGCAUGUUUCUUGCUGGCGUGCUUGGGGCUGACAUGAUCCGUCAGCGGGUGCGGACCUGUUCGUCGUCUGACACAUCGGCUCGGUCCGGCCGGUUUACGGCGGCUGUUCGGCCCAUGGUGGACGAGUUCCACACCUGGAACUGGACCAGUGUGCUGCGAAAGCUGAACCUGAUUUGCAUUGUUGCUGUACUGUUGGCGGUGGGGAUGAGAGCGAGCUAUGUCUCUUUCUCGUGGCUCAACGUACAGCUCAUCGCAUGGAAUCUGGACAUAUACUUGUUGAGCUUGCUGGUCUUUGCGGUUGGCUUGGCGAUGUUCAUGCUACCAGUCGUGCCAGGAACCGCCGUGUACAUCUUCGCUGGAGUUGUGCUGGGAUACCAGGCGCAACUCGACAGCCAAGACGAUGUCUGGAGAGCCAUUGGCAUUGGUGUCCUUGUCAGCUCGGUUGCGAAGAUGCUCGCGUGCACAGGUCAGUACCUGGUUGGCUACAUUGCAGGGAAGUCGGUGCGGGUGCAGCGUCUUGUGGCGGUGGAUCGGGUCUUCACUCGAGCUAUGGAGAUGAUUCUGAGCCGACGCGGACUGGGCCUUGGAAAGGUAUGCAUCCUCGUCGCUGGGCCGGACUUUCCCACGAGCGUUCUUUGUGGAAUUCUGAAGCUCAACAUUCCUCAGAUGCUUCUAGGGACAACGCCGGUCAUCCUGGUCAGCAUCAUCCCUCAGGUAUGUGUCGGCGUGAUGCUGGCGUCACGGAGUGACGACAUACCGGACCUAACUCGAAUCGUCACGGCGGCCGCCGCAAUCAUCCAGGGGGCUGCAACGAUCUACUUCUCAUAUCGAAUCAUGCAGACGGCAGAGGUUCACUAUGAGGAGUUGUCCCAGCACCGUCCUGAGCACGAUCGGGUUGCAGAGCUUACGAAGAAAGAGGCCGCCUACACCCGGAAGUAUGCCGAACUCACACAGUGGGAAGACAUGCACUGGCUACUCCGAGAUGGAAUCCUACUCUCAUCCAUCAUUAUUCUGAUUGUGUCGUGGGUUCUGGGUGCAGACUUCGCGCUCUCAAACCAGAUCUGCUUCCGCACCUUCUCCAUCACCGACCGCAUCGAUGCAGAUUUGGAGAGCGGCGGUCUCGAUGGCAACGUUUGGAAUCUGGUCACCCAUCCUGCAGGGACGGUGGUCCUGGCACUCGCGGUG